AUGGUUACUUCGAGCAGUGGAGGAGAUCUGAGGGCUCCUAUUUUCAAUGGGAUCAACUACGAUUUUUGGUCCAUCAAUAUGAAGACCAUAUUCAAAUCACAUGAUCUCUGGAAUUUGGUGGACAAGGGUUAUGAAACUGUAGAAACUGAAAAUGAUUCUAGCGAUGAAGAUCAACAGUCUGUGAGGAAGAUAGCAAUGAAAGUUAAUGAAACAAGAGAUGCAAAAGCUCUUGGUAUCAUUCAAGGGGCAGUGUCUGAUGAGAUCUUUCCUCGAAUCUCAAACUUUGAAACCUCCAAGACUGCAUGGGAUGUUCUUCAACAAGAAUUUCGUGGUGAUAAAAAGGUUAGGUCUGUCAAACUACAAUGUUUAAGAAGAGAUUUUGAGUACACUAGGAUGAAUGAUGGUGAAGCUCUAUCUGUUUAUUUAACAAGAUUGACUGAUAUUGUGAAUCAAAUGAAAACUCUUGGUGAAGAACUGACAAAUCAAAGAUUAGUGCAAAAGAUACUUAUUAGCUUGCCUAAAUCUUAUGAUUCCAUCGCAUCUAUUAUAGAAGAAACUAAAGACCUUGACUCCAUUGAGGUUCAAGAAGUGAUUGGUACAUUGAAAGGCUAUGAGCAGAGGUUAAAUAUGCAUUCUGAAAACUUAGCUGAAAAGGCUUUUACUAGCCUAAGUUUCAAGGGAAAACCCAAAUGCUCCAAGUGUGACAGAUUUGGCCAUCUAGCAAAAGAUUGUAAUCCAAGAAGGAACCAAGUUGUCAACUAUGCACAUAGAGCAGAAGAAGAGGAAGUAAAUGUCUUUUAUGCUUGUAGUGUUGCAAAAACUGAAAACAAGAAAGGAAUAUGGUAUAUUGACAGUGGAUGCAGUAAUCACAUGACUGCAUAUGAAUCCUUACUGAUCAACAUUGACAGAAGCUUCAAUUGCAGAGUUAAAAUGGGGAAUGGACAACUAAUGGAAGCUACUGGAAAAGGAACUCUUGUUCUAGAGACAAAGGGUGGAAGAAGAUCCAUCAAGGAUGUAAUACUUGUACCGGGUCUUGAUGAGAAUCUCCUUAGUGUGGGACAGAUGAUUGCUCAUGGUUACUUCUUACUUUUUGAAGACAAUAUGGUGGAGAUCUUUGAUGACAGAAGCCUCCAAAACUUGGUAACACAAGUUGGCAUGACAGAAAACAAAAGCUUUCCACUUAUGCUAGAUUACAAUGAUUCAAUUGCUCUAAAAGCAAGUGUUGCAGAAAACUCUUGGUUAUGGCAUAAGAGGUUCGGACAUCUCAACUUUCACAGUUUAAAGAGAUUGGAGAAACUACAAAUGGUGACUGGUCUUCCUGAGUUACAAGAGACUAAAGAACCGAUGGUUUGGGUAUAUCUUAUGAGAAACAAGAGUGAAGUCUUUUCAAUCUUCAAGAAAUUCAAAAUGAUGGUUGAACUUCAGAGUGGUCUCAAGAUCAAAAGACUAAGAAGCGACAGAGGUGGUGAAUUCACUUCACUUGAGUUCCAAGAAUUCUGUGAAGGAGCAGGAUUACAGAAGCAAUUGACAGUGGCCUACACACCACAACAGAAUGGUGUGGCUGAGAGGAAGAACAGGACCGUGGUUGAAAUGACCAAGUCAAUGCUCCAUGAUAAGAAAAUGCCACUUUCUUUUUGGGGUGAAGCUGUCAAUACAUCUGUGUAUCUCCUAAACAGGUGUCCAACUAAAGCACUUGAGAAGAAAACACCGUUUGAGGCAUUUAGUGGCAGAAAACCAAGUGUGAAGCACUUGAAGGUGUUCGGAUCAAUCUGCUAUGCACAGAUACCAUCUCAACUACGACACAAGCUUGAGAUCAAUAGUGUCAAGUGUGUCCUUGUAGGUUAUGGAAGCUGUGAAAAGGGCUAUAGGCUCUACAAUAUUGAGUCACGUAAAGUGAUUCUCUCAAGGGAUGUGGUGUUCAAGGAGAAUGAAGCAUGGAAUUGGGAAACCAUUAACAUAGACACUAUCUCAUUUCCACUAGCAAUGGAAGAAGCACAAGCUGAAGUGCAAAAUGUGAAUGAACCUGUAUACAAGAUGAGAGUCAAACUGAUUUUUCAACUCCAACACAAGGAUCUCAGUCCUCUACUUCAAAUGCAGAAGGACAAGAAUUACAGGAUUCCUCCCCUGAAACAACUCCAUUGA